AAAUGCUCAAUUUAUAUGCGUUGAAUUACCACAGCACUGCAGUCUGAAUGCUGCAGAUCAGAAAAAGCAGAAGAAUCACUUAUAACAUUUUGGAAAAGCAGGUGACGACCAACCAAGCCUGCAGUAGAGAAAUGUACUUUUCAACUCUAUAUCAAAUAGAAUUUCAUAAGACGGCAGUAGAUAAUGAAGAAUUUAUUUUUUAUGCAACGAAACAACUGUGAACACAAAUACUGGAAAAUAGUUAUCAGUUGACUGAAUUCAAUAUUUCAAUAUUGUUCGCCAAAUCUUUCCGUGGAAUCAGCUGUGAGUGGAGGAGCUGAAGAGGACAGACUGGGUAUCGUUGGGGGUACUGAAGCGAAGCCCCAUUCCCGCCCUUACAUGGCUUCUCUGCAGGCGGACAAGCUACAUGACUGUGGAGGAAUUCUGGUCAGUGAAGAUUUUGUGCUCACCGCUGCCCAUUGUAACAAGCAAUACAGAAUAGUCCUGGGUGCUCAUUCAGUACAUUCACUAGAAUCAACUCAACAGGAAGUGGGGGUCAGCCACUCCUACCCACACCCAAAUUACAACAAGGAAAACAAUGACCUCAUGCUACUCAAGUUGGACAGGAAGGCGAACCUGACGAGCUCCGUCCAGGUGAUCCCUUUGCUGAAGCAGCGCCCGCCGUCGGGCGAGGUCUGCAGCACAGCAGGCUGGGGGGAGGUAGAUGACAACGGCACCCUACCCGACAAACUGCAAGAGGUGAACACCACCGUCCUGGGACAGCCUGAGUGCGCUGAGCGGUGGGCUGAGUUGAGCAACAACAAGGUUCAGAUCACCGAGAGCAUGGUGUGCGCAACGGGCCAGAGGGAGUUUCAAGGCUUCUGUUCGGGGGACUCUGGGGGCCCGCUGGUGUGCGAUGGAAAGGCAGCCGGCACCGUCGCCUUCUCAGGAUGGCGAUGUGGAGAUAACAAAUCCCCGGAUGUUUAUAUGCUCAUUCCCCACUACAUAAAAUGGAUCGAAAGCAUUCUUACACGUGGAUAAUGUCCUUACUUUUCAUAAUUUGUGUUUUUUUUUAAAAUGCAGUUUUAUUUUACUUCUUAAAACCUUGUACUUUGUACUUUGCGCAAUCCCAUGAAACAAUAAUGGUGAUUUGUGUGUGAAGACACAAUUGCUUUUAAUAAAACAGAUCCAACUCAC